CACUAUCGGCUAUAAGACUUAGAGAACUAGGUAUAUGGAAAGAAAGAACGAUCGGGCAUAGCAGUAUAAUUUCCCGUUUGCCACCUAAGUUGAGGCUGGCAACCGAUUACAUUCGACCUGAGGUAGAGUUUCACAGGCCUUUCGGGGCCAUUCUUCCGUCGAGAGCCGACUGGGAUGGGGAACUUGAUAUCUCUAUCUGGACACAUCAUAUGUACAUGGAUGGCUCCAAAAUGGAACGUGGAGUUGCAGCAGGUAUUAACUCUGAGUCACUGGGAGUAAAAGCAUCAAUUCAUCUGCCCGAUUUCGAGAGUGUCUUCCAAGCAGAAGAAUUCGCUAUAGCCGAAGGCUGCCAUCUCUUAGAACGUAGAGGAUUACGUCACGUCAUUAAGGCCUUAGCGUCUUUUACAACAAGGUCGAAACUAAUCAAGGAGUGUAGGACACUGUUAAAUACAGUAAGUCGUCAACUCGAUCUAGAUUUAGUUUGGGUCCCUGGUCAUAGCAACAUUCACGGAAAUGAGGCUGCAGACGAGUUAGCCAUUGGUGUCGAUCGAGGACCGGAUCUCAUCCCGAAUUGCAACCUUAUAUAAAGACAUAUUUCUCCACAAUCUCCGGAAAUCGGACCAAAGAGGGCCCACCGUGGCAGGCUGCCGAAUAUCCAAACUAUUGUGGCCUGCGUACAGCCCUGAGAGAACACAAAACCUACUAAGGAAACCCAGAUCUGACGUUACUAGGCUUGUUGCGACUCUUACUGGACAUUGGCCGAUUGGUACCCACGCGAAAAGGCUGGGAAUCGCCUACAACGACUUCUGUAGAAGCUGCAGAGAUGAGAACGAGCAGGAAAUAGUAGAGCUUUGUAAAUGUCCAGC